AUGGACCGCAACAUCGUCAUCAAUGCAAGGUCCAACAGGUGGAACCGCAUGACCAAGGCGGCUUGGACUCGCAGGGUUCUUCCGGACCUGAGGAGAUGGGUCUUGAGACGCCCUAAGGAUUUAACUUUUCACGUCACGCAGGCUUUAACAGGUCACGAGUGCUUCAGGCACUGUUUCUGCUGA